CCACACCAUUCUCUAUCUCUCUCAUUCUUGCACUCGCUCACUCACUCACUCACUCUCUCUCUUCCAUUUUUUUGCUCUCUCUCUCUCUCUCUACAUUCUGUGCGAUAAAAACAGGAGAUUAUGUUUGUCCUCUCUGCUUCGCCAUCCGCAUUCUCGUCCGCCAUUCUCAGUUCCGCAACUUCUGCUAGGGUUUCGUUCGCGACUCUUGCUUCUUCUUCUAAGCUCUUUGCGGUUUCGGUGAGAUUCACUGGGAAGAGGAGCUUUGCUUGUCCUUGUUUUUUGGCCAUGGCGGAGCUUGUGAAGGACAAGGAAGCCUCGUCGUCUUCCGCCACCUCCGUGAGCGGCAGUGGAGUGUCGGUUGUUGCGUCUGGUUCUACUUCAGAGAGUAAGGAGCCUAGCUAUUCUCGCGCGUUUCUCAAUGCUUGUACGGAAGCAGAGAUACUGACUGGAAUCAGAAAGGAAAAAGAAGCAGGAAGGCUUCCUCCUACUGUUGCUUCUGGGAUGGAAGAAUUAUAUCAUAAUUAUAAAGAUGCUGUUUUGCAAAGUGGAAAUCCCAAAGCAGAUGAGAUUGUAUUAUCAAAUAUGGCUGCUGCAUUGGAUCGCAUAUUCUUUGAAGUAGAGGACCCUUUUGUAUUCUCACCAUACCACAAAGCACUAAGAGAGCCUUUUGACUACUACCUGUUCGGUCAAAAUUAUAUUCGACCAUUAAUUGAUUUCAGGAACUCAUAUGUUGGCAAUAUUUCCAUUUUUAGUGAAAUGGAAGAUAAGUUAAGACAGGGUCACAACAUUGUACUGAUGUCAAAUCACCAAACUGAGGCAGAUCCAGCAGUAAUUGCAUUGUUGCUUGAAGCAACAAAUCCACAUAUUGCUGAAAAGAUUACAUAUGUUGCUGGAGAUAGGGUUGUGACAGAUCCCCUUUGCAAGCCAUUCAGCAUGGGAAGGAAUUUAUUAUGUGUGUACUCGAAAAAGCACAUGUUCGAUGUUCCUGAGCUUGCAGAGAUGAAAAGAAAGGCGAAUACGCGAAGCUUGAAGGAAAUGGCAUUGCUUUUGAGGGGUGGGUCUCAAAUUGUAUGGAUUGCUCCUAGUGGGGGCAGGGACCGGCCAGAUCCAGUGACAGGAGAAUGGUAUCCAGUUUGUGACUUGAAGCGGGGUUGUUAUAUUUCUCAAAGACUCUCUCACAUACCAGUGGACAAUAUGAGAAGGCUCGUGGAACAUUCUGGUGCUCCAGGUCACAUAUAUCCCUUAGCUUUACUGUGCCAUGAUAUCAUGCCCCCUCCACUCCAGGUAGAAAAAGAAAUUGGAGAAAAAAGAGUUAUCUCCUUCCAUGGGGUUGGAGUAUCAGUGGCGCCAGCCAUCAGCUUCUCCAAAAUUGCUGUAUCCCACGAAAGUUCGGAGGAGAACGCUAAAGAGGCAUACAAGGAGGCAUUUUAUGGUUCUAUAUCUGAGCAAUACAAUGUGCUCAAAUCAGCUAUACAUGGAAAACAAGGACUAAAGGCAUCUUCAUCCAACGUUUCUUUGUCUCAAACUUGGACUUAGUCAAUCUCUUUCUACCCAGUCUAUUAAAUUGCUUUUUAAUGAUCAGACUUGGUGUUUUUUGACAUACUUUCACAGCUCCUUUAUCAAAAGCCGGCCGGCUGGUCCUUCAAUAUAAGUAUGCUUGGAGAUAAGUAGUCCAGUUACUUUUAUAUUCCGCAGGCUAAUCUGUUUUAUCACCAUCACAUGGAUAUUUCCUGUGUAGAUGCUAAAACAAAAGCCGACUGCGUUCUUUAGAAACUCAGGCUGCUUUGUAAACCUUAGCUUUAGGAAUUGUUUAUUGUACAGCUGGAGAGAGCAAGAAAAGUAAAUUUCUUGUAUAUGUUACUCAAUUUUUAAGUCGGUAUCUUGCAUUAAGCACUGUCUAAGGUUAUUAUUUCAUUUAUUUUUAAUGCGAUAAUAAAUUGGCAACUAGAGACCUGAUCACAUAGAAUAGAAUUUUAGUGGCUUUAGCUUGGGUUUUACUGCUUUGAAGUACUUUUAAUGUUGAUCAGGUGGCACUUUUUCUGCUUCUUCUAGUCUUGUUUACACAUUAUUUAUUUUUUCAAGGGAUUUUAAUCCUA